AUGGAGGUCACAUCAGAUAAUCAUGUCGCAAUUAUUGUUAUUGCCGCAGUAGUUGGAUUGAUAUGGUCGAUAUUGAUGAUUGUAAUUAGAAUAUUCUUGCGUAUUGUUGGAGUAGUGCAAACAUCGGUAACUCUUCACGCUGUGCACAAUGGAAUUGGCAAGCAGGAAGACUUACUUGCACCCGAUGAAGCUGAUACUGGGUUAAAAACGUUGCUUGGGGAGUUGUUUCGGUCAUUGUCGCAGCGACGCAGUGUAGGCUACCGCAACCAUGGAACAUUGGAGCCUCUCAUCACUGUGAUAGCAUGGUAUAGUCCACACCCAACAUUCCAUCAAAAAAGCGCCUUCGUCCGAUGGACCGUGGUUGAGACGGGUAAUAUGCUGAUCGAGCUGCUAAUUCCCGGCCUCAUCAUUAUGGUGCUUUGGAAUCUUCAAGCGCGGUUCAAGACAAAGAUUACCAUCCUAGUAGCCUUCUCAGCGCAACUUCUGGUCGCAAUCCCGACCAUCUUCAGAUUAAUACUUCUUCACGAGAUGACGACAGAAGACAUUCGCAACAACCGGACUUUUGCAAUCGCUAAUACCGUGGUGCUCACCGAAAUCACGAUGCACUUUUCCCUCAUGGCUGCCACCUUUCCAUGUCUUCGCAAAUUCCUGCAGGCGUUUGAUACGAAUAUGGGCGCAACGACCCAUAUGAUUACUGAUCCGGACGACCCGAAGCAUACUGGGUCAAACGGAAGCUAUGGACCGAGGUCCUUAGACCAACCAUCUCGUGGGAAAGGGACCAGUUUCGAGCAUUGGUCUCGAAACAAUAAUCGGUACAAUCGUAAAUAUCAACCUCACACCGUGACAACAGUUUCGGCCGGUGUAAGUGAUCCGGGUGACUCCCCAGAAGGGGAUGAAAGGUUACAAAGGCAACGCACGAGGAAUAACGACAUGGACAGUGGAAGUGUAGAGAGUGACGAUAGCCAACUUGCUAUAAUCCGGCGGACGCAGCAUUGGGAAGUUACGGUGGAAUUGAGAGGAAACUGA